CUUUGGCAACGUAUCGGUUGUAUUUUGUAUUACUCGGUUUACGCGCGCGGCUAAAAAAAUUUUACGUAAGAAAUUACGUCGUCGGCGAUUUCAGUUUUUUUUUUGUAUAACAUCGGAUGUGAUUUUUAACCUAACAAUUGGAUUUUUAAUGUUGUGGUAAAUUUUUUUUUACGCUAGGUAAUUGUGUUAGUGAAUUGAAAUCGAUCGUGGUGUGUGUGUGUUCUUGGGAUAUUAACACGUCGAAAUUAUCGUACGUGUACUCGUUUGUUGUGUAUCUGCGUGUUUUCGCGAACGAAGUAUAUCAUACGUUGAGCCGACGUAGCAAUGAGAAUUCCAUCGAUGGUAUUUUUUCUAAAAAUCAUUGUCCUAUAGUCUUCCAAUUUUUUUACUUUUUUAAAAAAUUUUUUUUAGCAAUUUAGUUCAAAAUCUUCGUAAGAUAAAUCGUUAUUUAGACUGCGAUAAGAUAAACUCACUGAGUAGAAUAAAAACAAUGCUCAGUGUUAGAAAACCUGCCAAGAAAUGAAUCGCAAGAUCAAUGUGACGAUUACCAUCAAAGUUACCCACAUAAUCGCACGAAGAGCAAUACAUCAGGAUGAGUUACCGCAACUACAAUAGCUUGGAUAGAUUUCGAUCAGAUCGAAACGAUGAUGGGGAAUUCGACGACUUCGGUUUCGAUAGACGUCGAUACGGGUCCGGACGUUACGUAAGGAACGAUCUAGAUGGCUCGGCCACGCUGACCAUGAAACGAGAUAACCCGGAUUUGGUGCAGUUUGGCAACAAUGCGGUCCCAAAUUGCACCAAGUUUCAAAAUUGCCCGCCGUCGUACGCGCCGAGUAAUCAACAAACCAAAGAGAUGAUCGGCUCGUACGGUAUUUACUGCAGAAGAUCAGGCAGUGGAGGUGCUCCCCCUGGUAUGGGGAAUUGUGAAGAUGACGGAGGCUUUUCUCAAGAUGAUAGUAAACCAAAUAGCGGGUAUUACUCGGAACGUAUGGUGGUUGUGAAUAGUGCCCGAAACGGUACGACCACCAAUACGAUCGUGGAGCCGGAUACUACCGGCAAAGCCGAUGAUAAAUUUCAAUGGUGUUGUUUUAACGAUACAACCGGUACGGAGAAAAUACCAUCCGAACGGAAUUCUCAUUGGUACAAAUCAUCGGUGUUACUUUUACUAUUUGCUGUGGUGUUAGCGGUGGUGGUGCUGGUGUCCGGAUUAUGGCUUUAUUUUAAGUAUGCUAAUUAUGUCACAUACAAGCCGAGAGAAUUAUUAACAGAAGCUCCCUGUGAAAGAAAGUACUGCGCCUAUGACGCAGUCUGCGUACUCGAACCAAACGGUCGACCAGUUUGUAGAUGUCCCAGUGACUGUCCAUUAACCGAAUCUCCAGUUUGUGGCACCGAUGGAGUCACUUACAAGAAUUUGUGCACGUUACGUUCAACAGCCUGCCAAAAUAAAUUGAAUAUUCGUGUUCAACAUGGAGGAGAAUGCCAUUUGUCAGACCCUUGUCGUCACCAUGUUUGCCAAUAUGGUGCUCGCUGCGUACCGGCGCCGGACGGCCGAAACGUCACCUGCGAGUGUCCGCUCAGUUGUCCCAACUACGGAGAUCAUUCCAGGUCGAGACCGGUAUGCGGAGCCGAUGGCCUCGACUACACCAAUCAUUGCGAGCUCAAGAAAACCGCUUGUACGUCCAGUGUCAAUAUUACCGUCAAAUACGAAGGAUAUUGCGAUCCGUGCAGCAGACCUGAUGUCAAAUGUUCUGAACCUGAGGUUUGCCAAUUGGAUCCGGACAGAAAUCCCGUGUGCAGGUGCUCGGAGACGUGUUCUUUGGAAUUCGCUCCUGUUUGUGGAUCUGACGGCAAAACUUACAGCAACGAGUGUAGCUUGAGGCAGCAGUCUUGCCGGUCUAGGAAGAAUUUAAGGAUUAUAUAUCGAGGCAAAUGUGGCUCUGGAGUCAAUCCGUGUUCCAAUGUUAAAUGCAAGUCGAACGAAGAAUGUAUUAUUAAUAAAUACGGUAUAGCCGCCUGCGAAUGUAUAUCGGAUUGCGAACCUAUCAUCAGACCUGUGUGUGGCUUGGAUGGGGUGACCUAUGAUUCGUUUUGUCAUCUUCAACAGUCUUCUUGUCAAUUAAAAAGUAACGUUACGUUGGCCUACAAUGGAGUAUGUGGCGAACACGGAGCCUGUUCUAAUCACCAUUGCGAUCACGGAGCCCAAUGCGUUCAACGAAACGGCCGAGCAUCUUGCGAAUGCCCAGUUUGCACGAAUGAAUUCGAUCCAGUUUGCGGCUCCGAUGGUAUAUCUUACGGUAACCUGUGUAAAUUGCAAUACGAAGAAUGUCAACAUCAAAGAACCAUUCUAGUACUCUACAAGGGGCUUUGCAACGGCUGCGAGAAUAAAAAAUGCGAAAUUUAUUCGACUUGCGAAAGCGACGGAGCUGGCGAAGCGAAAUGUGUUUGUCCGUCGCAGUGCCCGGAGGAGAAAAAUACGGUAUGCGGCUCAGACAGCAAUACGUAUACGAACGAGUGCGAACUGAAGAAGCAUUCGUGCGAAAUAAAAGAAUUAAUCACGAUUUCUUACAAAGGAAAUUGCGAUAUUUGCCAAGGAGUGAAAUGCACCAAUAGGACGAGAUGCGAGUCGGGAGUCUGCGUAUGUCCUUCAGACUGUGAUAAAGAUCUAUCUGUAUCGAUUAUUGAAGAACCAGUUUGCGCUUCGGAUAUGAAUACUUAUCCCAAUGAGUGCGAGAUGCAGAAACACGCCUGUAUUCAUUCGUUGGCUACGUUGAGUGUACUUUUUUAUGGAGAUUGCAAGGAGAGGAUCGAUGCUUCGUUAUUACUUGAACCGAUGAAAGAAACUGAUCCAGCUGACUUGGGUAAUCACUUAGUCAACGUACCAGUCGACAAGAAGGAAGUUUGCCAGGACAUUUUAUGCGAUUACGAAGCCACCUGCGAACCUAAUCCGGAAGGAGGGCCCAGAUGUUCUUGUAUUUUCGACUGCAGUCGUGAACCAGAGAAACCAGUUUGUGGCAGCGAUUUUCAGAUGUAUUCUUCGUUGUGUCAUAUGAAAAUGAAAUCUUGCCAGAAACAAGAGGAAAUUAGAUUACGUCCUAUUGAUUUAUGUCAAGGAAUGGCAGUGAAACCCUGCAAUGGCAAGAAUCCUAUUUUGGACCCUGUUUCUGGAAUUGAACUGGAUUGUGGAAGUGGACCAAAUAGGAAAGAUUGUCCAUCCGAUAGUUAUUGUCAUCAUACGUCUAAAUUCGCUCGAUGUUGUGCCAAAGAUACUGGAAUUUAUAUCAAAAGCUGUCAUGACUCGUGGUACGGAUGCUGCCCUGAUGAUAAAACCCCAGCCCAAGGUCCUGACAACGCUGGCUGUCCUUCAAUGUGUAAUUGCAAUAAAUUAGGAUCAUAUUCGGAUGCUUGUGAACCAGAAUCAGGUCAAUGUAAAUGUAAACCAGGAGUUGGUGGAUUGAAAUGUGAUAGAUGCGAACCAGGAUUCUGGGGAUUGCCAAAGAUAUCCAAUAGUCAUCCGGGAUGCUUACCUUGCGGCUGCUCUUUGUUUGGUUCGGUGCGAGACGACUGCGAACAAAUGACUGGCAGAUGUGUUUGCAAGCCAGAAGUUCAAGGAUCUAAAUGUACCAUUUGUACUGAUCUUACGAAGGUGCUCGGACCCAAUGGAUGUGUUUCUGCUGAUGUCAGUACCCCAUCUCCUACGUCUUGUAACGAUCUUAGCUGCUAUUUUGGAGCUACUUGCGAGAUCCAUAGUGGUCUGGCGAAAUGUGUUUGCCAUAUAACCUGUCCUCAGGAUUACAAUUCUCAAUCUCAAGUGGUUUGUGGCAACGAUGGCCAAACUUACAGUUCGGAAUGUCAACUAAAGUUGUACUCCUGCAGGUACCAGAAAGAUAUCGCAGUUCAAGCCUUAAGCUCUUGCACAGAUGAUUACAUCAGUGGCACCGAUGGACCUAAAUUGGGAGCUUGGACAUCUAUAAACCAGUUCACUGAACCAGAAGAAGUAGCUGCUCCCUUAUCUAAAUCAACUCGGCACGUAUUGUCAACUGAUCCAAAAAAUACAGCCUCAUUUACUCCAAAAUUGGCCAACAAAUCGACAAGUCAACGAGGAGAUGUCGACUAUAAUGAAAUUAAUUCGGGUAAAUUAAGAGACAUGUAUCACGUUAUUAAUGAACCUACUUCGGCUACGAUGAUCAUUAUGAUUGGCGACGCGUGUGUUGGAAGUGAAGAUUGCAUGAUCGAAAAUAGUCAUUGCGUUGCCGGUGUUUGUGUUUGUAGGGAGCCUUAUUUAGAAAGCGCAGAUAAACAGUCGUGUUCUGAAGGUAUUACGUUGGCUGUCAAGCAACGAGCAUGUUUAUCCAAUCCAUGUAAAAAUAACGCUCAUUGUAGAGAUAAAUCAGAUGUGGAAUUCGAAUGUGUUUGCUUGUUUCCGUACACUGGACCUUUGUGCGAAAAUUCACUCGUCAAAAGAGAAAUAGACAUGCCAGCAUUCAGUGGUCAAUCGUACAUAGAACUGAAACAACUCAAAGCUUACCAUAAAUUCAGCGUCGAAAUUGAAUUCAAAACGUAUACAGACAAUGGUAUUCUACUUUACAGUCAGCAACGUUCAGAUGGUGCCGGAGAUUUCAUCUCUUUGGCCAUAGUGAAUGGAUAUGCCGAAUUCCGAUACAAUUUGGGCAACGGACCAGCCAUUUUGACUUCGAUGCAACGUCUGAGUUUGAAUAAUUUCCAUAAAAUUGUGGCCAAAAGAUAUCAACGCGAUGGGAUCUUGCAAGUUGACAACAACGAGUCAGUAGCUGGCCAGUCAGAAGGCACUUUAAAAGCGUUGGAUCUUUAUGAUAGUGCUUAUAUUGGUUACGUUCCUAUAUCAUCGAAUAAAGUUUUUGAGAACAUCGGCACCAGUGCUGGUUUCGUGGGAUGUGUAAAGAAAUUGAAAAUUGGUCGUCAUAUUGUCAAAUUGAAAGAUAAACACGACAGUAUUGUUCAAAAAGUGCACGAUAUCAAAGAAUGCACUGAUCUUGUCAAGUGUGAAAACAACACCAAUUUGUGUAAUUGCAUUGGAGGCAUAUGCGAAGUUGAAAACAACCCUUGUAAUUUAAAUCCUUGUCAAUAUGGAUCUAUCUGUGAGCCUUUGCUUCAAGGCAGCUACAUGUGUAAUUGUCUCCCCGGCUAUAAAAGCAACUCCUGCGAAAUUUUCGAGCCCGUAGCCGAUGACUUGUACAUCGCUCAAUUCAAUGGAAUGAAUUCCUAUAUCAAAUUCCCUUGCUUGGAAAAUGUCAGAAGAGGAUUUUCUAUCGAAAUCUGGUUCCUGGCCACAUCCAUGAAUGGAGUCCUUCUUUACAAUGGUCAGUUACAUAAUAGGAGAGGGGAUUUCAUCUCUGUGAAUUUGGUCAAUGGUUUUGUCCAGUUUAGAUACGAUUUAGGAAGCGGUAUUGCCAACAUAACAACUGAGAACCAAAUCGACUUGAAUGCUUGGCAAACUGUGAAAAUCCACAGAUUCGAUAGAGUAGGUUCCAUACAACUGAACAAUGGCACGAUAUCCAAAGGUAUGUCAGGUCCUUCACUCAACGAACUAAAUUUGGAGCUUCCUCUGUACGUUGGAGGCGUCCCGACAUUAUCCGAAGUCAGUCGAGAAUCCGGUAUCCAUGAUAAAUUUGCGGGAGCCAUACAGAGGAUGUUGAUAAAUGGAAAAUCACUUCAACUGUUGUCCGGAGAACACAUCAACGUUGUGCCUUAUAAAUCUCACGUUUGUUCGAAUGAUGACGCGUGUCUGAAUGGUGGCAUAUGUGUUCCUUAUUUGUCUACUUUCUAUUGUAAAUGCCUAGUUAACUUUAGCGGUACCCAUUGUCAGAAUUAUUCGGUUACUGAUAAUGAAGUCGCUGUACACUUCAAUGGUAAUAUGUUUCUACAAUACAGACACUCGAAUAAACAUUCGUAUCCAGAAUUACACGUCAACUUUAUCAAUAAUACCCUAAUUGGUGACGGGCUUACGGUGGAUGAGGCUAUAAUGGAACCUGGUAGCUUAGAUAAUAUCGAAGAUGAUAACUCGGAUAGCGAUUACGAUGACGAUAUGUACGACGAUACGUCUGACUUUGAAUUCUUUAAUGACGAGAAAAAGACGAAGAAAAUCAUCCAAUACGAGUUCGCCAUACGAACCACUCAAACUAGCGGUUUAUUAUUAUGGAAUAGUAAAAUUAGACAUUCGCAACGUGACUAUGUAGCCAUCUCUAUUGUCGACGGGUUCAUAGAGUUUUACCAUUUCUUUGGCAAAGAACAACAAGUAGUUGCUCUGAUAUCAGAGGAAAUGAUCUCCGAUGGUAAAUGGCAUUCGGUAUGGAUCCAGCAUCGAAAACGUAUCACGCAGAUUCGUAUCGAUUCCAAUAAACCAGCCAAACUACAUUCGAGCAAUGUGCAAAAAAUAUACCUAUCUAAUGGGAAAGUGUUCAUCGGUGGUGUUGCAAAUCUGCCAUCCAAUUAUCCGGCCAAAUACUCGAUAGGUUUUAGAGGCUGCCUAAAGAAUCUGCUAAUUGAUCGAAAACGCGCCUCUUUAGCUCAAUUAUCGCACAAUACGUCGACUCAUAUAGAAUAUUGUCAAGAUAACGAUAUCUAAGCAGUAAUAAGUUAUACGUAAAUUACCUGUAUAUAAAAUUACCAACUCGUAUAAGUCGACUUUAAUAAGCGUACCUAUGAGCGGAUUUAUUUUUUUAUUUGUACGUUAGGAGAGUUAUUUGUAUGUAGGUAUACUAUAGCUAUCUUUUAACCUACGACAACAAUUGACUGAAUCAAGAAUAAAAUUUGACAAAAUAUCAUAAAUACGUAAUAUCAAAACUUCCAAAAUGGUAACUAAACAUAUCAGUUUAGAAAAAUAAACAAAACAACGACGACAUAUCAACAGCAAUAUCGUCUCUAACCUGAGAAGCAAUAUAAUAUAAAAUAAUUAUCAUACCUACCAAAAUAGAAAAAUAUUAUGUUUAAUUGUUGAAAAUGCAUUUCGUUUUUGUUCAGUUUGAGUACCUACCUAUGUUUUAUUUGUUUUAAAUAUUGUUCAUUUUUGUUUGUUUGUGUUUGUGUUUUUUUUUCUUUUUCUAUUAGUGAAAUAUGAAUAAAGUUGAUAUCGUUUACGGUAACAUUAAUCAGAUUAAUGUUCCUUUUGUACGUUGUUUCUAUAUUAUAAGUUAGCAUUUUUGUUAUUUACGUUUUUUUUCUUUUGUUACAGAAUUACAAUACAUUUUAAAGUUCCUCGUGUAUAGAUUUUGGUAUAAUUCCAUGUAUGAAAGAGUAUGUUUUAUUACUUUUGUAAAUUAUUAUUUACUGUGAUUAUGUGUACAUUAUCGUAUUUUAAUUUAUGAAAUUUAGUUUAAGGGUGGAAUACAAUAAGCGUAUGAAAUUUCAUUUUGUAAUAUACGAAUACGUACCUACGAUUUACAGGUGCGGAUACUGCGCGACAUUUUGGGAGGAAAGGUACUUAUAGGUAAGUAGUAAAAUUGCAGGAAAAAAGUCUCAAAAUUAUUCUUAGGCACCUUUUUGAAUAUGAGAAAAAAAUCAUGAACUUUCAUUUCUCUAGAAAUUAUGACAGUAAAAUUUAUGAACGCCUGGACGGAAAUAAAAAUAAAGAAAUGAUUUUUCUUUUCUCUCCUCUCCAAAUUUUUGUAUAUUUUCAUUUUUCAAGCGGGAAAUUUCUCUUCUUCCAUCUCCCUUUGUGGAAAAAAUUCAACUUCUUUUCUCCCUUGUAUCCGCAUCUGCGAUUAAUUUGGAAUGAACAAGUUUUACAAAUUGCCAAGCAAUACAAGAAAAUAUUGUUGUAGAUAUUUGUAUUAAAAUAAAUGCAAGUUUCGUGUUGUU